CAAUGGGUUGGGCCAAAAGGAGUGUGUUUAAGAGCCCAAGGUGGCCCCUGUGCAGCUCCCCUCUACAAAAUGCCAGCCUCUUGCAGCCACUUCCACAGGUGUCUCCAAGUGUUUGCUGUCCUGCAAUGGGUCUCCUCCUUCUUGGCGCUGGCCCAGGUGUGCUUGGCCCUGCUGCUCCUUGCACUACUAGGUGGGGCCUGGACCCUAGCGUUCCUCUACCUGGUCUGGCUCUGUGGAGACAGGGACACCCCACAGGCAGGAGGUCAUCGAUCUGCCUGGGUCCGCAACUGGGCCACCUGGAGACACUUCCGGGACUACUUCCCCAUCUCGCUGGUUAAAACCGCGGAGUUGGAUCCCUCCCACAACUAUCUCUUCGGCUUCCAUCCUCAAGGCAUCCUGGUCAUUGGAGCCUUCAGCAACUUCUGCAGAGAGGCCACAAGCUUCUCACGCACCUUCCCCGGCCUCUGCCCGCACCUGCUCAUGCUACCCUGUUGGUUUCAUCUACCUCUCUUCCGGGACUACAUCAUGUGUAGUGGUUUGGUGUCCUCCGCCAAAGCUCGCGCCGCUUAUCUGCUGUCCCGGCCUGGGGGCGGCCAGGUGGCCGUCCUGGCUGUAGGAGGGCCCCUGGAGUCACUGGAGGCAAAGCCUGGAGCGUUGAGUCUCCGAAUCCGGAAUCAGAAGGGAUUUGUCAAGUUGGCGCUGGAACACGGGGCCUCUCUGGUGCCUGUCUUCUCUUUUGGGGAGAACGAGCUCUUCCAGCAGUUCCCGAACCCACCCGGCUCCUGGGUGCGGAGGGCUCAGGAAGCGCUGCAGUGGGUGCGCGUGGCCCUGCUGCUGUUCCACCUGUUCCACGGCCGCCUGGGCCUCCCCCUGACCUUUCGCACACCAGUCUACACCGUAGUAGGGGCCCCAAUCCCGGUGCAGCGGAGCCCGCGGCCCAGCCGGGCACAGGUGGACGCGCUGCACGCGCUAUACGUGGAGAGACUCACGCGGCUGUUCGUAAGAGCACAAGGGGCGCUACGGGUCCCGGCUGACCGGCACCUCGUCCUCACCUAGGCGCACCGCCGCC